AUGCAGUUUGGCAGCCCGAGGGCCGCGGGCCCCAGCGAUGGGGGGCUGGGGGAGGCCGGGGGCGGGCCCUGGACUCCGGCCAGCCCCUUCGGAGCCGAGGGGAGGGAAGGCAGGGCGGCCUGGGGGAGGGGAGCUGGGGGGCCGAAGACCCCGAGCCGCAGCUUUGGCGAGGCCUCGUCCUUCACCGUGCAGAUGCGAAGCUUUCAAGGACACGUCUGCACCGGCCCAGCGGGGGGGGCGACCCUGGGCGCCCCCGCCCGCAACGCCCCGGGCCCCGGCCCCGAGGCUACCACCCCCCUGCGUUUUCCGGUCCCCGCGGCCCGGGUCCGGGAUCUUCGCCCGCCCCCGCCCCGCCCCCACACUGCGGCGCCGCCACCGCCACCGCCACCGCCACCGCCGCCGCCGCCCCGGCUCCCACGGCCCGCGGCGGGGGCAGGGAGGAGCCAGGCACGACGUCCGCCCCCCCCCCCCCCCCCGCCCCGCGCGCGCGCCGCUCGACUCUCAGCGGAGAGGUGUGCCCCCCAACUGGCACUCUCCCCACCCCCGCCGCCCCUCCCAGAUCCGCUGGCACCCCGCACCCCCAGCCACAGGUGGCCGGAGGAAGAUCGCUGCGCAGCGCUCCCCGGCCCGGCCCCCCGAUCACCCCUCGGCCCGCCCCCCGGGGGCCUCCCGGGUCCCCCCGCCCCGCCGGGCCGAGGAGGGCCGGGAGCCGGGGGGGAGGGGCGGGGGGCCGGGUCGUGCCAGGCUGCCAUUUUCUGCCGCCGCCGCGGAGCCUGCGCGGGGCCCGGCCCCCGCCCCCCUCCCCCGCUCCCUGCGGGCCGCGGCGGGAGCCGAUUAUUCCGGGUCGGGGUCCGCGCCCUCCAGCGCCCCGGCCGCAGGCCCCAGGCUGGGCCCCGGGGCGGGGGCAGGCACGGCCCGGAAGGCGGGGGCGGCCAGGCCGGGGCCCCUGCGGCAGCGCCUAGCCGGGCACCGAGGCUGAGGCCGGCGGCGGAGGGGGGCCCCCGGCGGCAUUGUAUAGACUUGAACUUGAGCCCGGAGCCGGGCGGGGGCGCGGAGGGGGCUCCGAGCCGGGAGCGGGCGGGACGGGAGGGGGCGCCUGCCCGGCCCGCCGUCGCCGCCCGCAGCCCUGGCCCCGCGAGCGCCCGGCGCCGAGUUGCGGGGGUCCGGGAGCGUGCCCCGAGCCGGGCACUGCCCGCCACCGUGCCCCCCGCCCGGCUACCCUCCUCCCCGCCCGCCUCCGGGCCGGCCUCCCGGGCCGCCAGCAGCGGCGCUCAUUACCGUGUGGCCGGUGGGGUCGGGCCGGCCCGGCUGCGCGCCCUAGCCUCCGCCCGCUGCUCGCCCCCCGCGGCCGCGCUGGCCCCGGCCCCGGCGCUGCGGAGCCGGCCCGCGAGGCAGCGCCGGCUUGGGGGCCCCGGGGCGCCGCGGCGGGAGCGGCCUGGGCGCGCGGCCGGUCCUAGCGCCCUCGGCCCGACUUCCCGGCCCCUACGUCCCCGCUGGGGGUCCCCGCACGCUGCGGUUCGGAGAGCCGGACCCCGCAGCGCCCCGACCCUGCGCAGGGCCCGGGCACCCCACCUCGGCCGCUCUCCCGGGCCACUCCGCCGGGGGCCUGCGGUAGCCCUCACCACCACCACCCCGACUCUGCGCGGGGCGCCCCGCUACCUGGCGCUGCCUCUGCGCUGGGUCCCCGCAUCCAGCACUGGCCGCAGGGACAGCGGCCCCUCCUCUCCCGCGGCCGGUGUCAAGUGCCUCCCCCCGGCAGCCCACGGAGCCCCCGGCGGCCUUCGCCCUGCAGUUCUCCCGACCUCCACCAGAGCCCACUGCACUCUGCCUGCCUCAGCACUGGGGCUGGGGACAGCAGCGCCGGCCCAUCCGCGUCGCAACCCCCACGCCACCCGCCACCCCCGCCAGGUGCCGCCGCCGAGUGGAGGCCAGUCCAUUCAACAGGGCCAAGGUCGGGGCGCCGGGCCUAUCCAGGCCGUCGUGGAGGCUCGAGCACCUCUAUUGGAUGAGCCUCCCUUGAAGGAAGUGAGCUCCCCGUACCUUGAGGUGUCCAAGUAG